AUGGACCAAAGUGUUUUAUUCAGGCACUGUCUUGAACAACCACUAGCGUUGUGUCUAGAGAGGACCUUGCAGUCCACCAUGGCGGCGCCCGGUGGAACUUUAAACUGUGAGGACUUUUCAAUGUUUCAGGAGGUGCUAAAGUUGAUGCGCACCAUAGAUGACCGCAUCGUCCAUUCUCUGAACACCACCGUGCCCACAGUCUCCUUCUCAGGCAAAGUGGAUGCCACACAAACAUGCAAACAACUAUAUGAAUCUAUGAUGGAGGCCCAUCUGACCCGAGACAAAGCUAUCAAGUCCUGUAUAGCCCAAACAUCUGAGGUGGUGGGGCAACUGCGUGAAGAGAGAGCAAAAGACAGCGAAAACCUGACGCUCCUCAAACAGCUCAGAAAAGAGCAAACCAAAUUAAAGCUUAUGCAAUCAGAGCUGAAUGUUGAAGAGGUCGUCAAUGAUAGAAGUCUGAAGGUUUUCAGUGAAAGGUGCAGAAUCCACUACAUACCCCCGAAGGUGAAGUGAAGACAAAGGUCCGAUGAGAGGAGCUGCUUCACUCGAGAGGUUUGAAUCCAGACCGGAGCUGAAACUGUGACCUGCUGCUGAGUCUUGACUGCAGGCUGCAGACCAUCCAGACCACUCUGACCUCUUCUCCAACACACUUGUAUUCCAUUGUGAUUAUUGUAUUGCAUUACCACAGCUGUAAAACAGUCAUCCGUGAGCUUCUUUAAUGAGAAACAUUGUACCAAAAAAAGUAUUUUCUUUUUUUUUUUUUAAGGAAAUGAAAUGUUCUCAAGUGUGUUGUCUGUGAUUUAAAUCAUUUGAGUCUUUUGAUGAA